AGGGAUAAAAAAUCAUACAGCGUUGAGAAAUUUUGGGAAGAACGUAGAAGGAUGUAUUUUAAUAAUCGUCUAAAAACAAUAUCGAAGGAAACUAAAUUGCAGAUGGCAAUUUCGGAUCUCAAGUAUGUUGUCAAUAAAUCCGAAGAAGAGACAAAUCACUCUGCUCUUAUUGGAAAAAGACGGUACCAGAUUUUAAAAAACGAAUUGGAAUCUGAGAGGGAGGACAUAUUGGAGCCCACUCAAAAGCAAAAUCGACGUCAAACAAGAUAUGGGAGAAAUAUCCCGGACUAUUCCGAACAAGAAUCUGAUCAUGAGCCUGAAAAAAGUACGCAAUAUGCCAUUCUGAUUCUUAGUAGAAUACGCAUAACACAACCUGAAUUACGACCACCACAUCAUGCGAGCAAGUACAGAGAUGAUAGACCAGAGAUUGAUAACAUAAGAUUUGAGGAAAAUUAUGACGAGGAAACUGAAUUGUUUUUCAAAUCUUCUGAUAUAUCGACAAUCAAGGAGAUAGUUACGGAAUCUAUGAUAAGUACGACCGACGAAUUAGUAAUUAAAUUGUUGAGAUGGCAACAGAGCAACCUUGAACAAAUAUGUCAUGGAAUUCAUAUUCCAGAAGAACAAAAUAUCCAUCAUCUGUUAUCUGUUUCAUCAAUAUUUUAUUUCCAACAACGAAAUGAGCAAUCCUAUCUGGAUUUUUUAUCAGAAAAUGAAAUUUCUAAAAUUCGGUCAGAUAUCAUCUCCAAAUUUGUAAAAAUUACAACUCCGCAGGAAUUGAUAAAUUUCAUGAAUGAGAAUAAAAAGAAAUUUCAACGAGAUUCUCAGGAAGAAAUGUCAAGAUUCAUUAAAUUGUCUGCUGUGAAAUAUAGUGGGAAUUUAUUGAAUGAAACAUUUUUCAGUUUAUUAGAAGAAUGUGCCACUUGGAAUCCUUUGGUAGAUGUGAAUAAAGUGAAUGAAGGAACAUUCAUUGUAGACUACAUUGGGCCACUGUUUAAUAAGACCAUCCAUUACUUUAACUAUGUCACAAUUCACUCAUGGAUCGAUACAAAGUCAGAAGCAUUUAAAUAA